CACUGAUGAUUUCAUAUUCAAUCAGGUCGGAACUGUCUCGUAGGGGGAGACGUCAACACGGACUUUAUUGACCCAAACACCGGUCGUUAUGCUCCAUGGAGACCCCGGUACCUCCUAUGUCACCCGGGCAGGCGAGUUGUUCCACUUCCCGCCGCCUUCUUGUGAACUUUCCACCGCUUCAGCACCACGCAGCCGCUAUGGACGGACACCGGCGCCCCGGUGCGGCAUGCAAAUACGUACUCUGACGUCGGCGAUCAUGUGGCUUUUGGCGUAGAUCCUCCUUGUGAUCGCCAAUUUUUUCCCUCUCCGGUCGCCUGUUGUCUGCCUAGCUACUGGAGCUACCUUUUUUUUUAAUAAACAGCUUUUUGCUCAUUUCCCUCUGCUUUGGGAUUGUACUGCACGCUACCUGAGCAUCGCGACGUUACCGUGUGCAGGUGGUGUCCUGUCAUGCAUUUCCUCAAGGUCAGCUUACUUUGGCGCUGACGCUGUCAGCGAGACAAGCCUGGAACUUCACCCUCUGUUGCCCUCGCUCAACCCACUCAUCCUGCCCCUGGGAGCAGCUCUCCUCUUCCAAAAGUCUGACUUGUCCCAGUACAAGCCAAUCCUUCUAGCUAUUCAUCUCACUCUGUGGCAGUGAUCCUGCCAUAGUCUCCGUUACUGAAUACCUGGCCAAGAAAAAGUGAAGGCGGCCUUCAUUAUUCAUCGUCAUCAUGUCUAGUCGGCGUAAGGCUUCCACUCCCUGUAUGAUCCGCCCACUGGAGACCAUGGUUGAGCUGGACGAUGAGGAGGAGGAGACAACAGAAAACCAUGCUGAUGAGGACGCUAUGGAGACAGAUCCAUCUGAUGACCUCGACCUAAUGGGUAGGACUUCUGACUUUCCAACAGCUCCAGACAUUGCAGUGACAGAGUCUACAGACUGUUCCAAGCCUUCGCGUAAGCAGCAGCGGGGCUACGAGUGCAAAUACUGCACGUUCUCCACUCAGAACCUCAACACGUUCAAAGAACAUGUGGACGCCAAUCACCCCAACGUAAUCCUUAACCCACUGUACCUUUGUGCUGUCUGCAACUUCAACACAAAAAAGUUUGACUCCCUGACCGAACACAACGAGAGGAAUCACCCCGGCGAGAGCAACUUCAAGUUUAAGCGCGUCAAAAUGAACAAUCAGACAAUUUUGGAGCAGACAAUAGAGGGCUGCAAAAACAAUGCAGUCAUUUACAAUAGCUCCAGUGUCAGCAAAACAGAAGGACAGAGCACUUUGCCCAUCAGCAAAGCCACCACAGUCAAGAUGGGAAAACAAAAAGUUGUGUCUUCAGAUAAUAAACGGAUGGAUCCUCAGUUGUGUAAACUGAACCCUGACAUGAGCAAGAAAGCCAUCACAGCACUCAACGUAAAUGGGACAGUAAUCAUCCCAGAGUCAACUCUCCUCAAAGCUGACUGCCUUUCUCACAUCAUGCCUUCCCUGCAGCGGCCUGUAAACUACACCCAGGUGCCGAAGAUUGCCAUUCCCCUCAACACAACCAAAUACAAUCCUUCUCUGGACGACAACUUGACUCUCAUCUCUUCCUUCAACAAGUUCCCAUACCCAACACAGGCUGAGCUUUCCUGGCUCACUGCUGUUUCCAAACAUCCAGAGGAGCAAAUUAAAGUCUGGUUUACCACACAGAGGCUCAAACAAGGCAUUAGCUGGUCACCAGAGGAGGUCGAGGAAGCCAGAAAGAAGAUGUUCAAUGGUACAAUCUCGUCUGUGUCUCAGACCUUCACAGUUGUAACCCCCCAGCUCACCACUCAGUCAUCCAUCAACUUGCCGCCAGUAACAACUACAGGCUCCAAAUCAGUGCAGCCUUCAGCCCAGGUUCUCCAGUCCGUUCCCUGUCAGCUUCUGGGACAGACCAGCCUCGUGCUGACUCCCGUAGCCAACGGCUCCACUGUCACAUGUGCGCCGUUGGCACUCACUCUGGCUAACCAGGUGGCUCAGUCACUCAAACGACCUUUGACCUCUCCCUCGACUGCCACAGAUAGUAAACGGCCCUCCAUCAUUCAAACAAUUUCUGCACCUAUCGCCACAUCGAAGUUGGCGUCGCCCAAAGUGUUAAAUUUCACUGCGGACCCCAACAAAACUGCAGAGCAGCUCUCUGUGUUGCGCUCGAGCUACUCACAGUGUCCUUUCCCUGAGGAGGAAGAGAUCUACAGACUGAUCGAGACCACUGGGCUGUCCAGAGGAGAGAUUAAGAAGUGGUUCAGUGAACAAAGGCUCCUUAAUCUUAAAGGUGUUCCCCCUCCCCCUGUGCUUGUGAAAGCCGAAGUGACUACAGUACCUAAAGACGGCCCUGUAAGAAAAGCAGUCCCGAGCCAGUUUCCUUUGUUAGAGCGGGUGAAGGGAAAGUCUUCAGAGCAGCUGAAGGCAUUGGAGGAGAGUUUCCAGAGAAGCAGUACUCAGACUGACACACAACUUGACCAACUGGCCCAGGAGACCAAGCUCUCUAAAACAGAGGUGGACUGCUGGUUUUCAGAGCGCAGGGCGCUCAGGGACAACAUGGAGAAGGCUCUACUCUGCGUGACCUCCAAAAGCACAGACGACAAAGCCGACAGGCCGGGCGUGUUGCUCAAUGGAUCUUCUCAUCGCGAGCAGGAUGGGAAGACGCUCCAACCUUCAGUCCUCCCUCCUUUCCUUUCUUCUUCCUCAUCCUCCUCAUCCUCCCCUCCUGUACUUGCGGCCUCUUCUCCUCAUCCCCCAACCUUGUCCGCUUCUGCUUCACCCCCCAUUCUCACAUCAUCAUCCUCCUCCUCAUCCCCACAUCCUCCCAUCCUUUCUGUGUCGACAAGCCCAGCUCCCAUCUCAAGUGGCUCCCUCACUCUGCUUCGAGAGAUGUUCUGUCGGACACAAUGGCCAACUCCUGAGGAGUACAUCCAGCUGGAGGGACAAACAAGCCUUGGCCGCACGGACAUUGUCCGUUGGUUUAAGGACCACCGCUCGGCCUUUAAGAAUGGCGAGACCUUGGACUGGUUGGAAGCUUACCAGACGCAAAAUCGCGUUGAACAGCAAAAAGCAGGACAAGAGCAGAACGGAGAGAGUUUGGACAAACCGCAAAGUGUGUCAUUGGAGGGCAAAGAUGGAAAAGUGGAUGAAUCUGCUGAGAAGAAAACAGCUGCAACAUCUAUGGAGAGCUCCAAGCUGUCCAACCCAGACUCUGUCCAGUGGUUGACUGACUCAAGUAGUGCUGACAAGGGAAGGUGGGUACAAGUGACUGUGGCUGUGGGGGAGGAGAACGAGGGAGGAUUGCAAAGACAGAGACUUGCAACAGAUGCUGACAUUUUAAGCCUGGAACAGCCUGGGAGGGUCACUGGUUGAUGAUGAAGCAAAUUAAUGCGUGACUCACAGAAGUGUGACGUCAGAGACAAGAUGCCAAACGUGGAUGUAACGCCGUGCCGCCGCCGUGGUCACAAAGCCUCGUGGACCUCCUCUCUCUCACGUGUCCACGACGCGGUGGAGCAGAUACUUGCGUUUAAAGGCGUGCCAAAGCUGGACUCGAUGAUGACAAUAUCCUUGUAAAUAUACUCUGUACAGUUUUACCGGGGAAAGUUUUGGGGUUUUUAAGACCGACCUGCCCGAUAUUUAGAAUGUUUUGUGUUGUUUUAUGAUCAUGUAAAAUAGCUGCAUAUUUGCUUCAAAUCAAUUAUUUUGGGGGGUAAAACUGCAACCGCCUACUGCUCAGUCUGAGUAAUGUUUGAUGGCACUCGCGUUAUUGUUGGACUUUCUUAGUGCUUUGGCCGCCUCAUCUCCAGCUUUGGCGUUCCUCUUGUAGCCCCCGCCCUUUUUGGACUCCAAUAAGAGCAGCCUCAGUCGUGGAAGGAAAAAUGAGAGAAUCGAUUUGCGUGAGUCUGGAUUCACAGCUGGAGGCGGAGGCAGAUGUUUGCCACAAAGACAGAUGUGCCGUCCGAGACCAACUGCGAUGAACAAUAGAAUGCACUAACUUGUAUCUUUUUUUCCAAUCAGCUGGUCUGCUCCUGCAUCAGCACCUGAGGCAAUAACAGUGCAGAAUGUUGCUCUUUCUCCUCUACUAAUGUUUCAAAAGAGUCUGUCUGAUCGCACCAUGCUGCCUUUUAUGCUCGUUUCCCCGCCAACAUGACGGUUGAUGUCUAUGGAGAGAAAAAAAACAACACAUGGACAUUCUUUACUAAACUUGCAAGGCGGGAGGAUUUUUUUCGACUGAAGCUUUUUAUGUUUGAGUGUGAAUCUUGCUCGGCUGUAAAUUGUGAACUCGUCUCGUUUGCUCUCAGCUUUCCUUUUUUCUUUUUCAUCUCAAAAGGAAAUGAGUUAUUUCUGUACAUGCUUUAGAAUUUGGGAAAUCAAUCCUGUGGUGAACAUGAACUGUGUUUAUUUUUAUUUUUACUCCAGAUUUAAAGGUGGGCUGCUGUUUAUUUUUGUCCAGUUGUAUCCCCCCAUGCAUUAUUUGUGCAAGCACUGUUUGAGAUUCAACUGUCACUUUGAUUUGAUUACGCCGGUCUAAAAAAGCAAGACGAACCAGCGUUGCUUCUGCUUUGUUCUCUUGUUCAAGCGACUGUCUCAGCGGCGUGAUCUGGCUUCUAAGAAAUACUGCCUGCGUUUUCAUUUUCUUCUCUAACUAAAUAAAUACACAAAGCCA